AUGCCUUGGUACGGUUCAUUAGUGUCGAUCGACGUCUUGGAUGCUUCGAGAAACGUUUUCAAGCGUUGGCUAAAUCCAAUGACAAACAUAGGAGGCAUAAUUGAAUUGGACUUUCCGCUGGCCGAUCAAGUCAACGAGGGCGAGUGGACAAUUCGAGCACAACACGAAAAGUACACGUCAGAGAAGAAUUUCACUGUAGUCGAGUAUUGGGCUCCCCUGUGGGACGUGAACGUUACCAUGCUGCCUCGCUUCACCGAUGAUGCUUUCGCGUUGACUGGACUGCUACAAGUGAAUUACACAAGCGGUAAAUAUGUGCGUGGCAACGCGACCGUAUUAAUUGAACUCCGAGAGCGUGGUCCUGAUAUGUGGGCAAAACCCCCUGCUGCCCUGCUGACUAAGAAUAUAGUAUGGCUGGACGGUCUCGCUGACUUCCUGGUCCCGAUGGAAGAGCUGCGGCAAGCGGUCCCCGGCGCUUCUUUGGCCAACAUGGACGUUUGGGCCAAUGCCUCGGUGUACAACUGGUUUGAACGAGACACUCAUAAUGGGUGGGCAUUUACACAAAUAUUUUCGGCCAAAGCAAACAUUAAAUUCCUUGGUGGUACGGUCCGCACCUACAAACCAAAAAUGUAUUUUACCGCCUACAUGGUUGUCUACACGGCGGAUGGUCGACAACUCCUCUUCGUUGCGAACCACAAGGUCGAGCUGAUGGUUUAUUGCGACGAUGGUGCGGUGCUGCUUAAGAAGUUCCUGCCCAUAUCCGAUGACAGCGUCAUCCAAUAUACUUUUCGACCGAGCGAUACUACUUUGUACUCCUGUACUACUUUGCGCUUACAGGUAAGCUGCUGA